AAAGGAAUCAUCAUGGUAAGAGAGACUAACCAAUUCCAUAGCAGCCUCCCUCACCUGUAAGCCCUUGCUCUAAAGCCGUUCUCAUGGGAAACAUAACCAAGAGAGGAAGCAGAGACCUGGUGGCUGACGGUGCCACGUUGGUGGAGGAGAGCCUGGCCACGACCCUGCACUCUAAACUGUAUGAGGCCAUCAUCAAGGAAGACUGUAACACCAUCAAGACACUUCUCAGAAACCACCCUGUCAACCAGCCCCUGACCAUCCUGGCCAACUCCACCCGUUACAGACUACUGAGCCAGGUACUCCCUCCUCUCUGUCACAGUAAAGAAACAACAGAGCGGGAAGCGGUGGCACACCCUUUUAACCCCAGAACUUUGGAGGACUUCACAAAACAUAGGGCUCCGCAGACCAUCCCCCAGGUCCAGUACACAUACCCUAGCCUGCAACUCCUCCAUCCUGCGCCACACACAGAUGGAUGGAUGGAACACAGCUUGUGUGGCUGGAAGAAGGGUACCCUCCUCCUCUCAGAACACACCCACAGCGACGAUGUCAUGUAAGCAGACACAGCCUAUCUUUCCCAUCCAUCUGGCCGCCGAGUACCGCAAGCCACAAAGUUUGCUUUGCUUGUUACAACACGGUGCUGACCCAGAAGUAAGGGACGCCCAAGGCUUCACUACCCUUCACCUGAUGCUGCUUAACUGGCCAGCCUCUUCUACCACUUGGUCCAAACCCAGCACUCAGAUCCAAAAGAUCCUGAUGGACAUUCAGAACAACGCUGUCUUGUGUCUGUGCAUUUUGUGUGACCACGGAGCUCAAGUUAAUGCCCGGGUAGACAACAGCAACAAGCAUUCAGCCCUCCACCUGGCCAUAAUACACGGGACCUACCCAGUUCUCUCCUUUUUGGCUCAAAAUGGUGCCCAGGUCAAUGCUACUAAUGAAUCCAGCAUGACGCCCCUCCACAUGGCUGCAGACAUACUGAACAAAAACAUGAUAGAGACACUCAUUGCCUUUGGGGCCAAUGUGAACUGUGCCAUCUCAUCUACCGGAAACACAGCUCUGAAGCUGGCCGUGUGUACUGCAUCGAGCAAAGUCGGCCGACUGCUGGCAGCGGGGGUGGGCUGCAUCCGUCUGCUGCUAAAUAACGGAGCCCAGGUCAAUGCCCAGGACCAUGAAGGCCAGACAGCUCUGCACGAGGCAUGCUUUGGAGGCAGAGAAGCGAUCAUCAGUCUCUUGCUGGAAUUUGAGGCAAACGUUAACAUUUUAACAAGAAAUGGGGAGUCUCCCAUUUACAUGUACCUUCAGCGCAGUUCCAACAUCAGAGACAGAUCGCUUCUGGCCAGACUACUUUACCGCACUUAUCCUUUAAGACUGAGCAAUAAACAGGGGAUUCUACCAGCAGGAAUCAUGCUGCCAGAAUACCAGCUCCUAAGGGAAACCCUAGUAAAGUUAUCAAAAAAACCUUUAACCCUCGAGGCCAUCUGUAAGAGAAGCAUCAGGAAUGUUUAUGGGGAGAAGUACAAAUUCCACCUCGAGAAGCUCCUCCCGGCAAAGCUCUGGAACUCCAUAUAUGGCAUCUAUGACCUCACCUACCUGCUCAAAGGAGAGCCAUGACCUCCGAGCCUGCCGGAGAACCUCAGCAAUGCAAACUCUUGUUUCUGGCUAGACAGAUACCCAGAAAUCACUUGGACUUCACUUCCUACUGCAACGUACAAACUACUGGCCCUUAAUCCCUCCAAAAAAUUAAACUGACUUGCACAUAA